GGCCGGAGGCGUGCAGAGGAGGUGUUCCUUUCCACGCUCUUCACUUAAAGCAUUAGAGGCCGAGCCCCACAAAACGGCACUCACUGGCACCUCACAUGGCCCGCGUAGCCUACACCUGGCAGCCUGUUGUAAGCAGUGGCGUGGGUGCAUUCCCCGUGGGGGCAGCCAGCCCUGGGGGGCCUGGUGGUGGGCGAGAAGAACCACACUGAAGGGCGGCUCCACACCUCUCUUGGGAACAUCCUUUCCUGAGAAGAUGGAAUUACGAGAGCGCCCCAAGGAGGCCGGAGACGCAAAAGGACCAAGUUCAGCAAAAACCAGUACCAGGUGCUCAUUGAGGCCUUCGAGAGGGACUCGUACCCUGAUAUCACUGCCAGAGAGGAACUGGCCAGACGAACCCAGAUUCCUGAGCCCAGAAUCCAGGUCUGGUUUCAGAACCGGAGAGCCCGAAUCCCGAAGAGCACCCCGAGGAGGCCAGGAGUGGAGGCAGGCGCCCCGGUUCUGAUGCCCAGUCAGAGCGGCAGCUGCACCCCAGACUGCUCGCGCCUGCAGAGCUUCGCAGGGGCCCCGAGCCAUGCUGGCCCCUCCCCCGGGGACCCAGAGGAUGCUCCUGCUCAAGCCCUUUCCUCAGGACUUGCCGACGUCCUGAACACCGGUGUGGCCUUGCCUGGCCUGGAGGCUGCAGGCAGUGCACUGGGCCAGUCUUCUGGAGAUUUCUGUUACUCUCCUUUGACCUUUGGCCUUGGAGCUCUGGGUCCACUUCCCGCUUCCCUCAGGCCCCUCUUCCAGGUGGAAGCCGGCUGCAGCGGAGCUCAACAGGGGGACCUAGGGCAGCUCCUGUCCUACAAGGACUGGGACAGGGACGGUGCCCUGCAGGGGUGGGAGCAGCCUCCUUCCUCUGACCAGCAGCCCUGGUGGGGUUGGCAGCCUUCGCCCGCCCUGCAGCCACAGAUGGCACCCCAGCAGCUGCCAUCCCAGCCCCUGGGGGCCUGGGAGCAGCCACCGCAGUCCCCUUCCCCCUGGGAGCACUGGCCUCAGCCCUCGCUAGGGGAGGAGCUUGUGGGGGUUGGGAGCAAUUUCCCCACCUCCCUCAGAGACGGGAUGCUGGGGGGAAGCCCUGGGGCCCCUGAACACCCCAGCCCUGGGGCCCCUGAACACCCCAGCCCUGACCCCCACGGCUGUGGGGCAGCCCACAAAGCUUCUCCCAGGGCAAAACGUUGAAAUGACUUAAGUAAGCUCGGGUGGAUAGGAGAUAGCAUAAAUCAGCUGUGGUUCCUCUGCACAAUGUAAUACCAUGCAGAAUUAAAAAGGAGUGCGAGGGUUUGCAUCCUUUGCCACGGAAAGGUGCCCCAGACGAGCUUCUCAGAGGUGGGGUCUGUUGUAAAUGCAGAGGAACAGGCAAGCAGAAGACCCAAGGUGACUUCCUUAGGUGGGAGAAAAGGGGAUUUUUUUUAAAACCCCAUCUGUCCUGUCUCCUAUUAGCUGGUAGCCAUGGAGCACUUACAAUGUCCUCAAACUCUCAGAAAGGGCUUGGGGGACAGAGUAAGGGCUGCCUUGGAGAAGUGGAUCUAACAAUAAAGCAU